CAAGAGAGUAGUAUACCAAAUUGUAUAUAUUUUUGCGGUUUCUAUAUAUAUUAUCACAGCUACAAUCAUGAGUGGCAAUAUGUCAGGACCUCUUGACCAACCAUUCAGACCAAGUCUAGAAAAGAUUGACAUGGAAAACCAUGAGCAUGAGAGGAAAACAAGGCUUGGGUCUCUCAAGAAGAAGGCAGUUAAUGCCUCUACCAAAUUUAGACAUUCUUUUACAAAAAAGGGCAGAAGGAACAGCAGAGUUAUGUCUGUUAUUGUUGAGGAUGAGCAUGAUGCAGAGGAAAUAAAGGCAGUUGAUGCAUUCCGACAAGCACUUAUCUUAGACGAAUUACUUCCCGGAAAACAUGAUGAUUAUCAUAAAUUGUUAAGAUUCUUGAAGGCUAGAAAAUUCGAUAUUGAUAAAUCAAAGCAGAUGUGGGCUGAUAUGAUCAAGUGGAGGAGUGAAUUUGGUGCAGACACUAUCGUGGAGGACUUCGAGUUUAAGGAAAAGGAAGAAGUCCUUAAGUAUUAUCCACAAGGGCAUCACGGAGUUGACAAGGAGGGAAGACCGGUUUAUAUUGAAAGAAUUGGUCAAGUAGAUUCUGUCAAGCUUUUACAAGUUACAACAAUGGAUCGCUAUCUCAAGUACCACGUGCAGGAGUUCGAGAGGACCCUCAAUGACAAGAUGCCUGCCUGCUCCAUUGCAUCAAAAAGGCACAUUGAUACAAGCACAACUAUUCUAGAUGUCCAAGGAGUGGGACUGAAGAACUUCAACAAAUCAGCAAGGGAGCUCAUUCAAUGCCUCCAAUCUAUUGAUGGUAACAAUUAUCCCGAGAGCUUGUGCCGCAUGUAUAUCAUCAAUGCUGGUUCUGGAUUCAGGCUCUUAUGGAACUCUGUCAAGUCAUUCCUAGACCCCAAGACUACGGCAAAGAUUCAUGUUCUUGGUAACAAAUACCAGAGCAAGUUGCUUGAAGUAAUCGAUGCCAGCGAGAUACCAGAAUUCUUAGGUGGUACAUGCACUUGCGCGGACAAGGGAGGAUGCAUGCUAUCUGACAAAGGCCCGUGGAAUGAUCCUGAAAUAAUGAAGAUGGUUCAUAACGGUGAACAUAAAUGUUCAAAUAGAAAUUUCAUCUCAACAAUUGAUGAGAAAACAAUCUCAGAGGAUGCAAAUGUUUAUGUGGCUCAUACUCAACUCUCCCCUCUCCACGAGGAAGUUGACAUGAACAAAAACUACCAUAGAGCAUAUGAUCCUGAAGACUAUAUGCCUAUAGUGGACAAGGCAGUUGAUGUAACUUGGAGUACAGCUAACGGUAGAGAUUUCUUCCCAAUCCACGAUGCUUCUAAGUCACCCGAAGGAUUUAGCAACCAUCUAUUUACCGGAGUUAUGACCCUUGUUAUGGGCAUUGUGACAUUAGUCAAGAUGACUCGAAACAUGCCAAGGAAGCUAGCUGAUGCCACCCUGCAGGCUCAUGGCUAUCAAUUAAGUGAACCUACCAUAUCUUCAAGUGAAUACUUCAGCAUGAUUAAACGCAUGGAAGAACUCGAGGAGAAAGUCAUUACUCUUACCAACAAACCUGCUUCCUUACCUCCUGAGAAAGAGGAAUUACUUAACAACGCCAUGAAACGCAUCGAUACUUUGGAGCAAGAUCUUUCAGCUACACAUAAGUCGCUUGAGCUAGCUCUGGCACAUCAAGCGGAACUUCUAGCAUACAUUGAAAAGAAGAGGAGGAAGAAGAAGUUCUUAGGGAUUUUUUGAGUCUAUUUUUAAUGGAAUGUGAGACAUCCAAAGAUUAAAAAUAGGUUCGUCUCGAUCGGUGAAUCAUCUAGAGAUCAAGAAGAUGCAAAUCAGGAAAACUAGAAGUCUUCU